AUGAAAAGUGAAAAAUUUUAAGUUGAAGAUUUGUUUAGCAUUUUUGCUUUAUCUAAAAAGGUUGAUGAAAUAGUCUAUCCUAUCCUUAUCAAAAUAUCAUAAAGAGAGAAAAUUUAAGACUGCUUAGAAAUUCUCUCAUAAGUUCAAAAUCAAAAACAUUUCGAGUAAGUCAUUUUCUAAGUAGAAAAUUCUUCACAAUCAAGCAACUAUUCCUUGCUUAAUUUUGUAAAGAAUAACAUUCUUACAAUAACAGAUAUUCUCAAAAAAAUUAUGGACCAUGAAUUUAAUGAACAGAAUUACUCUUUAGAUGAAUUAUAAGAAAUUAUAUAAGAUCUUAUCACAAAAAUAUCUUGGGAUAAGAGAAUCAUAGAAUUUUUAAAAUUUUUAGUUCGUCUUACUGCCUUAGACGAAAGAUUUAUAUAUUGUGGAUCAAAUUCUGUUCAUUUGUUGGUUUAAAUGUAAGUUGAUUUGAAGGAACAAUCAUUUGAAAAUAUUAGAAUUAGAAAUACUUCACUAUUAGGAGCUAAUUUAAUGCGAUGUGACUUAAGUGGAUCUGAAUUUAACAAUGUCAUUAUUAGUGGAAUGAAUUUGAAUUAAGCCAAAUUAUUUAAUUGUAAGUGGAGGAAUUUAAAAAUAAAUGAGUUAAAUAAUUUAAAUGGCCAUAGUGAGAGUGUCAAUUAAGUUGCGUUUUCUUCAGAUGGUAAGUCAUUAGUUUCCUGUAGUAAUGAUAAUUCUAUUUGUUUGUGGGAUAUUAGAAGAGCAAAAGUAUAGUGUUUAAAUAGAAAGAAGAAUUAGGUAUAAUCAGUAUGCUUUUCACCUAAUUAUGCAAUUUUAGUUUAUUGCAUUGGCUGUUUUAUAUAUAUUUGGAAUUAUAAAAGGGAGAAAUAAAUUUCAAAAUUACAUAGUAAGACUGAUUUUGUUAAAUCAAUUUGUUUCUCUCCUGAUGGUGCUACAUUAGCAUCAGCUGGUAUAAGAUUAUGUGGUGUUGGGGGUAACUAUAUCCAUUUAUGGAAUGUUAAGACAGGAUAAUAACAAGCCGAAUUAGGUGGUCAUUCAUAGUGUAUCAUGUCAGUCUGCUUCUCUCCUGAUGGUAAUACAAUAGCAUCUGGUAGUUAAGACUAUUCUAUCUAUUUAUGGGAUGUUAAGACAGGAUAAUAAAAAGCUAAUUUAGGUGGUCAUUCAAAUUUCAUCAAUUAAUUGAGCUUCUCUCCAGAUGUUAUGAUAAGUCUAUUCGAUUAUGGGAUGUUAAGACAGGAUAAUAAUAGUAAUAAUUAGAAGGUCAUUAUCAAGGUUAACAGUCAAUUUGUCUUUCUCCUGAUGGUACUACAUUAGCAUCUGGUAAUUAUGAUAAGUCUAUCCGUUUAUGGGAUGCUAAGACAGGAUUAUAACAAACAAAAUUAGAUGGUCAUUCUGAUAUAGUUAAUUCAGUCUGUUUCUCUCCUGAUGGUACUACAUUAGCAUCUGGUAGUUUGGAUAAGUCUAUCCGUUUAUGGGAUGUUAAGACAGGAUAAUAAAAAGCCAAAUUAGAUGGUCAUAGCGGUCAUAUU